AUGACGAGGCUUGGCCUCACUCCCAAAUCACUAAGCGUAGCCAUAUCCGGCGUGAACGGAACGGUUACGACGGCCACGCAAGCAGUAAAAAUCGAAUUGCAAUCGCGAAUAGAUUCAUACAGUGCUACAAUCGAUUGUAUUGUCUCAGAUCAAGUUACAGAAAAACUCCCUGGCAUACCGUUAAGGCGAAGGGAUUUCGAACUGCCACGAAAUAUAAAGCUAGCUGAUCCACAAUUUCACGUAUCUUUUGAUAUCGACAUUCUAAUAGGAGCCGAAAUAUUUUGGGAUCUUCUCUUUGUAGGACAGAUACAAUCAUCGGACAGGCAUCCUAAAUUACAAAAAACGAGGUUUGGAUGGAUCCUAGCAGGACGAAUGUUUGAUUCAAAAUCAAUUCACGCAAAGGUACAUUCUCUACACGCAUCUAUAACUAACGAGCAGUUACAUGAUCAAUUAAGUCGGUUCUGGCAAUUAGACGACGCGAAAAAUGACUCCAAUAAUUUGACUCCUGAGGAAAGUUAUUGUGAGCAGCAUUUUAUCAGCAAUAUUCAUCAAAAUCCACAAGGCAGAUACGUGGUCAAACUUCCUAUUAGAGAUCAAUUAAUCGACAAGUUAGGAGACUCUCGAAGCAUUGCCAUGUCUCGUUUGAAGGGCAUCGAAAAACGUUUUAAACGACAGCCCGAUCUAGAAGAGCAAUACAAACAAUUUAUCAAUGAGUACAUAUCGUUAGGGCACAUGCAAAAAAUAGAAUUGCAGCCCGAUGAGAGUUCCCCAUGUUUUUAUUUACCGCAUCAUUGCGUAUUCAAAUCUAACAAUCAAACGUCAAAGAUCCGCGUAGUAUUUGACGCUUCAUGCAAAUCUACCGAGGGCUUAUCUUUAAAUGAUGCACUUAUGAUAGGGCCAGUAGUGCAGCAAGAGCUAACAUCCAUACUGAUCCGAUUUUGUUUCUUCAUUUAUGUUUUUAGCGCCGACGUAAUAAAAAUGUAUAGACAAGUAUUGGUGGAUCCUUCUCAAACACGUCUGCAAAGGAUACUAUGGCGGGACGACCCUGCUAACAACGUCGACACAUACGAACUAUUGACAGUUACGUAUGGAACAUCAUCAGCUUCAUACUUGGCCAGCAGGUGCCUUACUUAUCAUGCCGAUCAAUACGCAGCUAAGUACCCGGUAGGCUCUAGAGAGGUGAAACGCAGUUUUUACGUAGAUGACUUUUUGUCAGGAGCAGAUACUCUGCACGAGGCUAAGGUACUCCGAGAUGAACUAAUAGAAUUGCUGAGAAUAGGAUCUUUCGAACUCAGUAAGUGGGCGUCGAAUUGCCCAGAACUCCUAAAAAAUAUAAAGGAUCGUGAUGGGGAAGUAAUUACCAUUCAUAACGAGACAGAUUCUAGCAUACUAGGGAUUCAAUGGAAUCAAGUCAAGGAUGUUUUUCACUUUGCAUACAAUUCAGAUUCCACUAACAGCGCAGUAUCUAAGCGCGUUAUUCUUUCUGAAGUUUCCAGGUUGUUUGAUCCUCUGGGUCUCCUCGGACCCGUCAUUGUAAUUGCCAAACUCAUUCUUCAAGACCUGUGGAAGGCCGGCAUCCAUUGGGAUGAAUCUGUGCCGCAGGAAUUACAUACAAGCUGGCUAAAAUUCAAGUCUCAAUUACAUGCUGUAAAUCAGCUACAAAUCCCUAGGGGUGUCAAAUACAACCCAGACUCACAGCUCGUGCAAUUACACGGGUUUUGUGAUGCAAGUCAAAAUGCAUAUGGCGCAUGUAUAUAUGUACGCACAACCAUCGAAUCUAGUGAAUAUCGUUCACAGUUGCUGUGUUCAAAAUCCCGUGUGGCACCACUCAAGGCCGUGUCACUGCCAAGACUUGAACUAUCGGCAGCGGUUCUGUUAGCUCAACUCAUAACUAAGGUGAAAGACUCAUUGGGCUCGCCCAUGCAAGCAUUUCUUUGGUCGGACUCCACCAUAGCAUUGAAUUGGAUAGCUUCAUCCUCGCGCAACUGGUCAGUAUUCGUGGCAAAUAGAGUCGGAGAAAUUCAAAGGUUGACUCAGAUCAGUCAGUGGCGUCACGUCUCCUCUUCCGACAAUCCUGCAGACAUACUAUCCAGAGGCAUAUAUCCGUAUGAUUUAAUCGCAUCAUCCAUGUGGUGGCACGGGCCCAGCUUUCUACAGUUGCAUGAAAAUCAGUGGCCAUCGGGAAGUUUUACAUAUCCGGGGAGGAUAUGCCCGAACAAAGAAGAAUAG